AUGAGCCAAGUUGCACUCGAGAGCGUGCAACAUGACCCAUGCCGCAAACCGGUUGGAUCAAGAAUCGCUCUGUGUGCAUGCGUUGAAUCAAUCUCGGAUCCGACAACCGGGUUGAACCUCAGUAAGUUGAAGACAACAUGUUUCGUAGGAAGCACACUUCUCAUUUCAAUUCAGAUGAUGCUGAGCAGCGACAAGCAAAGUUCAGCGGAAGCCCGUAAGCAAUAUCGAUGCAUACUAGUUCUUGUCAAAGAGAAAACUACCUUGGUAUCUUCAUCUUGGUUAAACAUAUAUACUACUGUUUUUUCGUCCAUUUCUCAUGAAACAAUCUUCCGUGAGCAGAUCAACGAACUGAGAGCUGCACUUGGGCCUGCGUCUGCCCGUGGCGACAAGUACUGCAGUGAAGCAUGCUUGGCUAGGUAUCUCGAAGCCCGCAACUGGAAUGUUGACAAGUCUAGGAAAAUGUUGGAAGAAAGUCUCAAGUGGAGGGCAGCUAGCAAGCCUGAGGAUAUUCGCUGGCCUGAUGUUUCUGUGGAAGCAGAAACAGGUAAAAUGUACAGGGCAACUUUCACAGAUAGAGAGGGGAGAACUGUCGUUAUUAUGAGACCUGCAAAGCAGAAUACAUCGUCUCAUGAAGGGCAGCUUCGGUAUCUUAUAUAUACCUUGGAGAAUGCAGUUCUCAGCCUGCCUCAGGGUCUAGACAAAAUGGUGUGGUUGAUAGACUUCACAGGAUGGACGCUGGCCAAUGCAACCCCCAUAAAGACUGCCAGAGACAGUGCAAAUAUCCUGCAAAACCAUUACCCUGAGAGGCUUUCAGUUGCGUUUUUGUUCAACCCCCCAAAAGUAUUUGAGGCUUUCUUUAAGGUUAUAAAAGUAUUCCUUGACCCGAAAUCAAUCCAGAAAGUCAACUUUGUUUACAAGGACAACGAGGAAAGUAUGAAGACCAUGUACAAGCACAUUGAUCCAGAAGUCCUUCCGGUGGAGUUUGGAGGGAAGAACAUUGUGGUGUACAACCAUGAGGAUUACUCUAAGUUGAUGACAAAGGAUGACACCAAAACAACAAGCUUUUGGGCAGCAGAUGGUAGCCAUGCCGUAAACGGGGGCUCGGUGCCUCAGGUCAUACCGCAGUCGUCACCGAUUGUUGCUAAAGCAAGUUGA